AUCGACACAUUCAUCGAGUUAGAUUUCAACCCAGCCAAAGUUGUUGCUUUAUACCCUGAUGCUGUUGCAGGCCGACUGUCCGUCCCUCAAGACGGUUGGAUCCCAUUGUAUGGAGGACCUGCUCCCAUCGACCCGGAUGAUUUUCAAGACUCAAUUAAAGUGGACGACAUUGAGAAGCCAGGACAUGAGAGAGCAGCUACUGAUUUGCUGGAUACGAUAAGCAGUAAUACCACAACUCUUUCUCAUCUUUUGACACGGGUAGAUGAUCUCCACCGUUCAGUCGAGACACUUGUACGCUACCUAGCCGAUCGUCGACCGAAGCUCAAGGCUGCUUUGGAAGUCGUCAACAUCACACCUCAGACCCAAGCGGAGAAAUACCCACCGCUCUCAACUACCACCGUCGAAGACUUGUUCGCCCUCCCCAACGCGCCUUUAUCCGCUCUCACUCCUGAACAGCUUCUCCGGUUCGCGCAGAUCGUGGACACGGCGCUCUAUAAAUCGUAUUUGAUCAUUCGACCGACUUUGCUGAGCUCGUUGUGCCGCAUUGCGAAUUGGUGUGAGGUUUCUGAGGUUGAGGAGGAUUUGAGGGCGCGUCAGAAAUACGCCGAACUCCGGGACCUUUAUUAUGGGAAAGGCAUGCAUGCGAAGGCGUUGGGUCUCUUGCGAGAAUUGAGUGAAAAGGAGACAGACAUGGAAGACAAGCUGGAGCCUUCAAUCACGUACCUGCAAAAGCUGGGCCCUGAACAUAUUAAGCAGAUUUUUGAGUCAUCAAGAUGGGUUUUCAGCAUGGAUAAGACUCUCGCUUUCAAAAUAUUUACAUCGGAAGACGUGGAACUUCCACGACAACCCGUUACAGAUUACCUUGAGAAGAUCGACCCGAAAUUGUCAGCCCAAUAUCUUGAGUAUAUCGUUGCAGACAAGCAAGAAGAGGACCCUGCGUUCCAUGAUCGGUUAGCGGAGCUUUACUUCAGCAUGACGAUUACUGCGGGGAAGAGAGGGGACGAGAAAACACGAAAGGAGGCGUACGCAAAGCUACUCAGCUUUGUGGAUACAAACGAUCGAUUCGGUGUUGAUAGGCUGUAUGGUUUGCUCUCGUCUACAGAUCUCUAUGAAGCAAGAGCCAUCCUUCUUGGGCGAUUGGGGCGGCAUGACCAAGCUCUCGAGCUGUAUGUUUACCGUUUACACGAUUACUUGAAAGCGGAACAGUAUUGUAAACGUGUUUAUCAACCUGGCACAGAAUCAAGCAGUGUAUUCCUUACGUUGUGCCGGAUAUAUUUGCGACCAACGGUUGAAACGUCAACAGACUUGUUGCAGCCCGCUCUCGACCUCAUCAGUCGGCACAAUCCCCGACUCGACGCCGUAGAGACGUUACAAUUGUUACCCCCUCUGGUUACGACCCAGGACGUUAAAGCAUUCUUGAUAGAAUCGCUUCGUGCACCAAUAUUUGAUACCAAGGUUGUUAGCCAGAUCAGCAAAGCGAGGAAAGAUCAAGUUUCGAGAAAGCUGAUGGUGUUGCAGAGCAAGAGGGUCAAGGUGACUGAUAGUCGGAUCUGCCCACAAUGUCACAAGCGAAUAGGGAAUAGUGUUAUCGCGGUUCAUGCCCCUCGCGGCGAAGUUACUCAUUAUCAAUGUCGAGAGUUGUUUUCGCGGCAUUUGAAGGAUCAUUGA